AUGGGCAUGAAGUGCAUGUGGAGCUUGAUGUUGGUGAUUUUCGGGGUCCUGAAGACUUCGCAGGCGGGACCAGCCCUGACAAUCCUCAACGAAACUUUCGAUGGCAGCACCCAUUUCCAGAUCUCCGCCCCCUUCUUGUCGGACGGAGCAUCAAUCUUCUUUGGCAUCCUCAAUGCUGACGGCAAAACAGGUCUUUUCAGCGGGGGACCCGGGGAUGUGUCAAGCGCUCUACCGGGAAACGAAACCGGAAGGGUCUACGGAAGGUUGCCUGGUUUUUGGGGGAUCUAUGGCUUUGACAAUGCCUACUUGGUCGCUGAAGGUUCGGAUGAAUUUGGUAUAGAGGCGACUGUCACUUGGGAGAACCUUGAUGUCUCGGGCUGUUCGGAAGACUCUCUUCGUUUUUCAGGGAAGUUUGCCACGGACGGUGACGGCGACAUUGUCUACGACUACAAUGACCUUGGCGUUUCCAUCAAGAUAUUGGCAUCUCUGGAUGGUGGUCCCGAGGCAGUCGUGUUGAAAUGGUACGUCCGGGAGGUGCUGCCGCCAGGGUUUUUUUUCACAGUGCCCAGGCUGGAAGAUUUCUGGGGAAACACGGUUCUCAAUUCAACUGCCCAAGAGGCUCGGAGACACAUUAUCGGAACUGGGACGAGCUUGACUUUGAAGUUGUAUAUCGAACUGGGUUCUCACUCAUUCAACAUUGCGGUCUCGAACCUUGUCGUCACCUGUGAUAAGGCUCCUAGCUCUCCGACCACGGCCUCUCCGACCACAGCCUCUCCGACCACAGCCUCUUCGACCAGAGCCUCUCCGACCACGGCCUCUCCGACCACAGCCUCUCCGACUACAGCCUCUCCGACCACAGCCUCUCCGACCACAACCUCUCAGACCACAACCUCUCCGACCACAACCUCUCCGACCACAGCCUCUCCGAUCACAGCCUCUCCGACCACAGCCUCUCCGACAACAGCCUCUCCGACCGCAGCCUCUCCGACAACAGCCUCUCCGACCACAGCCUCUCCGACCACAGCCUCUCCGACCUCAGCCUCUCCGACCACAACCUCUCCGACCACAACCUCUCCGACCACAGCCUCUGCGACCAAAACCUCUUCGACCACAGUGCCGCCGCCAUGCGCACGACAGAAGCGGUGCGAGUUUUGGUGCCAGUACCUGGUGUUCCGAGGGCGUCGGGGGAAGGCAAAGCUCUGGUCCAUGAUACCAGAGUGCCAACUAUGCUGGCUCUCUUCCGACGAGUUCCAUAUGCGCCGUGCACGUAGGCGUGGACGUGCACGCAGAGCUCAUGAGCGGGGGCUACUGCAAGCGAGUGAAGUGCAAUCGCGGAGCAACGCUUGGCACGAAGUGAACACAGACCCAGUCCACUUUUUACAGGUCACACGGGACCACCAAGAAUUCUAG